AUGACCAGCAAGCGGCUCCCGCUGGCCAACAACUCCAACGCCGUCAACUCUCCUUUUCGUACCCUCAACCCCGUCUCUGGCAAGCGCUCGCGAGCCCAGGACCCGCGUGACGCUGGCCAGCCUCCUCUAAAGAAACAAGUCCUCGAACUCGACCACGAUGAGAACCAACAACCGCGUUCUUUGAUCCGCCAGUCCUUGGCCUCACAAGAGAAGGAUGCACAACUCUUCCUGAAGAAGCCUGGCAAUGCCCCUCCCACUGCCUUUGAAAGGAAAUUGGCUGCUGCAAGGAAGCCUGCAUCUGCACAGAAGCCUCAACAAAGAACAGCCGACAGUCUCGAGAGCAUCCGUCAAUGGCAACGGCAUUACAGAAAGGCCUUCCCCCAGUUCGUCUUCUACUUCGAGAGUGUACCCGAUGACGUUCGAACAAAGGUCUCGAGGCAGAUUCAAUAUCUUGGCGCCAAAGAGGAAAAGUUCUUCUCGCGUUCCGUCACUCAUGUCGUCACGACCCGUCCUAUCCCGCCAGAGCUUGCCUCGACAAGUUUUGAUCAUGACUCGACCUUGACUGGUGCUCAGAAGAAGACUGCUGACCUGCUCGAGGCUAGCCUGCAGGGGCGUAACCAUACUUCGAACGUCCAAAGCAACGAUGUCUUGUCCAAGGCUAGAGAGCUUGGCAUCAAAAUUUGGGCUUUGGAGAAGCUUCAACGUAUGAUGACUACCAUGUUCGAUACUGACACUGGUGAGCAACCUGAUCAUAGAAGAAACAUUGCUUCAACCUUGCGCAGAGGAGAGAAGCCAGAUCUACAAACACUUCUGCGGAAUGAGAAGGUCAUUGGUCCGGCCGAUCGUGAUCUGGCUGUCGCUGCUCAGGAUUCGGUCCAAUUCCGAGGAUACUACAUUUACGUGCACGACAUGGAUGAGAGAACUCGUCCGGUCAUGGUCCGUGAUUACCCUAAGGUCACCCAUAAGGAGGAGGGCAAGUGGCCACAGUUCCGUCUGACCCCCAUUGGAAGAUGUCCGUUCGUCGAAGAUCCCUCACACACCAAGAAGCUACGUCUGGCAGAGGAGAUGAAGGCCGCCGAGGCCGAGAAGGAGCGCAAGCUGGCCGCUGGCGUUCCUGUCACCCGCAGCCGGGCCGCCACCACAUCUCAACCAAAGGAACAGGCCGAGCCCCAGAACAAGGACAAGGACACGACUGAAGUUGCCGACGAUCAUGUGAAGCCUCUGGACCCACCAAAGGGCAUUCCUAACAAGAGACAAACCUCCAUGGAUACUGGUAGCAUGCCAGCGCUGUUUGGCAGUACCCAGGCCAACAUGAGGGGAGCACCUCGUUUCAUCGGAGGAGAACCUGUCGCGUCCGGAGUUCAGCCCUCAAACAUCACAUCCGCCAUUCGUUCGCAGAUCGUCUCAUCGACUAUAUCGUCGACAGCACCUGGAACCCGUAACGUUGGUGCGAGCAAGGAGAUCACUGCCCUCAAGCGCAGAGCAUUGGAGAGAGGAGCCAGCGCAAACUCCAACGAGCCACUGCAGUCCUCAUACCUCACCGACAUGCGCGCAGCCAUCAACGGAGACCGCCAACAAGCACCAAGAGCGGCCAAGCGCAAGGCACAAGAGACUUUGGGACACAUUCGUGAAGAAAUCGAAAUGGUCGAGGCGGAGAAAGCCAAGUCUCGUCGCACUCAGCAGGUCCGCAAGAAGGUCGUUGUAGAACGUGAGAUGAAGGCAGGAUACUGUGAGAACUGCAGAGACAAGUUCGAGGACUUUGACGUCCACUGCCAAUCUCGCAAGCACCGCAAGUUUGCAAUGGACAAGGGAAACUGGUCCCAAUUGGAUGAUUUGCUGAAUCAGCUGGAACGUCCUCUGAAGUGA